UAUAGGCAACAAACUAUAUUGAUCGGGUAGUUUAAAUAUUAUAUUGCAAAAUAUUAGUUUGCUUGUAAUUAUUUAUGAUUUUUGAAAUAUAUUACAGUUAUGGCUUCUAAAGAAAGUCAUCCAUGUAAAUCUGAAAAUUUUGAAAAAGCAAAGUGGAACAUUCCAUUGGAUACCAAAAUAUUACUAGACCUUUGUAUGGAUGAAAUCCGUAAAUGUGGAAAGCCAGGAACUGGUUUUAAGCAUAAGAAAUGGGAAGAAAUACGCGAAGAAUUCAAUAAACGUGCUAAUAGAAAAUAUAACCAAAAGCAGUUGAGAAAUAGAAUGGAUACUUUGAGAACGGAUUGGACCACCUGGAAACAAUUAAUUGGUAAAGAAACAGGUUUGGGCUGGAAUCACGCGACAGGAAAUAUUGAUGCUGAUCCUUCAUGGUGGGAGGCUAAGAUAAGGGAGAAUGUAAAAUAUGCAAAAUUUCGCUAUCAAGGUUUAGAAUUUCGUGAUGAAAUGGAAUUCAUAUUCGGGGAGGCAGUGGCAACAAGUCAAUACCAAUGGACACCGGCUUUGGGUGUUCCAUCUGAAUCUAAUAUCAAUAAUACAACGACAAAUGUGCCACAUGAAAUUAUUGAAUCUGAUGAUAGUGGAUAUAAUGAUGAAGACCUUACCCUUGUGGAAAAUACUCAAUUCAAAAAGAAAAGAAAGAUUGUGUCAAAUAUGGGAGAAAAGGCAGCAAAGGGUAAGGCAAAGGUUGGGACAGCAUCAGCAAUGAGAAAAACAUUUGAGCGAUUAGUUGAAGCAGCCGAAGAUCAUAAUGAUGUUGAAAAGGCUGGAAUUGCUGCUACAUCUCAUGUCCAUGGCCAAUACUCUAUUCCAGAUUGUGUUAAAUUAUUGAAAAAAGCAAAGGAUGAAGGUUUUUUGAAUAGUCAACAAUUUAGUUAUGCUUUAGAAAUGCUUAAAGAUGAACAAAAUAGAGUCUUGCUAAUAUCCUUAAAAGAAUCUAAGGAUGAUUUGGUAGAGUGGAUUCUAUACAAGUAUGCUGAAAAGAAAUCAUCCAAUAAUUAGCUUAAGCUUGAGAUUUAUGCUUUAGGUUUAGACCUUGCUUUAUGCUUUAUCCAAUAAUUAGCUUAAGCUUGAGAUUUAUGCUUUAGGUUUAGAUCUUGCUUUAUGUUUUAUCCAAUAAUUAGCUUAAGCUUAAGCUUCGAAUUAAUUUGUUAUUUUAUUUUGUGGUACUUUUGUUGAGAUUUUGCAUUACUAUUUAUGCA